AUGGCCCCCUCGCUCUUCGUUGUUGUUGUCAAGACGCACGACGACCUUCGGAAACUCCAACUUCUUCUGGCUGUAUGCUUGGUUGGCCUCAUUCGUGAUGCUAGUUGGAAACGUGAUGCCCUCCAGCUAAUCCUCAAAACGUGUGAGAACCAAGAAACCACGGUGCAACAGUUAAACUGGAGGCUCGACGGUACCCACCCUCUUUACAGAUACCAGUCUGGCAUAGCAGAAAUCGCCUCCGACCGAUCCAGUAUUCUUUACAGGUCACUUCUAGCCACCAUGGACAAGUUUUGUCAGCAGCUUGGCCAACCAUCGCCUUUGUCCCGAUUGAACAGCGAUCCCACCUGCCUUUUCCUUGAUCUUCCUGGGAAUUGGCAAGAGUCGCACGAUAUGUGUGAUUUCCAACCCUAUGUCCUCAACCAAGAGAUGUUCCUUAGGUCUCAUUGUGGACCGCCAGAGAUCACCAGUAGCGUUCUCAACCUCAGCCUCGAGAAUUGGCCCAUCUCCUUGGUGUCGUUCUUCUUUAAUCUCUUUCCGAACCUGCUUUGUGUGACCAUCCAAGGAUGUCAGUGUCUGUUGAAGAACAUUCCGGUCAUUCGCUAUCUGUACCUGUUGCCCCCAACUAUCAAACACCUAGCCCUCAGGAAGGUGGCGUUUGAGGAACACGCAUUGGAGACCAUGUUGAGUCUGGGCACCACAUUGGAAUCGUUAUCACUGAUAGACGUAUUCAAGGGCUAUGUGCCCACGAACAUGGAUCGACGAGCAUGGCAAGAGCGAUGGGGUGUCGCAAAUAUCCUUCAGCCAGAGAUCUACUUGCCUGUACCAGCCUCCCUCCAACGUCUAGUGCUCCACUCCCCAAGAGCAGACGCUCUUCCAGGGGUUCAUCCUUCCAGCCAAGAGUGUCGUGACGAUAAGCAGGUUUUGCAAGAUUUCGCCUAUCUGGUUUCACAGCUAUUUGGGGUAGGACAAGCUGCUGAGGGUAUCCAACAUCUACUGGAACCCAGCGAGCUUUUUCCCCGCAGGUUAGGCAUGGGAUGUCUGACUGUACUGGACUUAGCGUUCGCUAUGUGCCAUUUCGAACUGCUCGGGGGUAUACUAGAGGUUGUGGCAGACACGUUGAGGACAUUGUCUUUUCGCUACUCGGGACAGGCAGCUAUGGCCGCUUGUCAGGGUUAUCCUGUUCAUGUCCUGUUAGGAAGCCUCCAGCAUCUCGAGCAUUUGACUUUGUUUUGUCCGGCUGAUGCCCUCUCACUGGCCCUGCUGUGCAUUCAAACAUGGGAUUGCCCAGAGAAGAUGUCGCCCUCAUCCAGCCUUAUGUUGGUUGGACAUCUACUCCCUGGUUUGGAGACUUCCCUGCUGGAGUACCUCAGCAUCUCGGCACUACAAUGUGCCUUACUCGGCUCUGUUAGUGCAGGUGAAAACCCAACUGAAUGCACUACUCCGUUCAAAGGACGAUUUUUACUUAGCUUGAGAGCGUUCUUUCCGUACAUCAUUUCUUCUGUCGAUCUGGAUCACACUAGUGUAGUCCUUGAUAGCUUGUACCAUUGUGAAGAUGUAGAGGCCAAGAUUUUGCCUUGCCUUGCUCAGGUCCUUCAUGACGCAGAUUUUUGA